AGUUGGUCACAGAACUCGCGUGAAUGUGGACGGAAUAAGUUGCGUGGCGCGCGCAUUCGCGAAUUCAGCAAACUAUAUAUUUUGCACACAUUUUCAUGGUAUAAAUACAGCAAUUGUUGGGUGAAUAGAGAGCAGUUUUAUAUAAAUUCCCUUCGGGGCAGGUUCAGUGCUAGAGUUUUUUGUUGGUGUUAAGUUUUUUUUUGGCUCUUUUAGUGCCUCCGCACCUUUGUUGAAAGAAAUUAAAAUAAAGAAAAAUUCUUCAUCACUGCAACAUCACCUCAUUCCGUGAAUCCAUCAGCUAUACACAACAUAUUGACGAAUUUGCUGGGUGAAUUUCCAUAAAAGAGCAAUUUACAACCCGGACGGAUGACGGAGCGACGAUCUUUACAGUGUCAUUGAGGGAAAAUGUACCGGAAUAAUGGGUGACUGGUGAAGAGAACUUCAUGUUGGUGGUGUAGAGAAGACGAGCAGUUGCACCCCCUCCUCAAAGGGGGAACACCCACCCACUGUACGGAAGGCACACAGCAGUUGACAACGCGCGGAGAGAGACGGAGAGGAAAAUUAUGAAGUGGUGCUCCUUUGUACAUUUAGUAUUUGUCACAAUAAAUCUGUGUGCAGUGCAUAAGGCGACAUCCGAGGUCUUCACCCUGGGCUACCUGACGGGAUCUCAGCGGAAAGUGGGUGAUCUGGAGUACAUACGACCAGGACUCACAAUUUCUGGAGCAAUCUCCCUUGCGGUCUCUGAGGUUAACAGUGGAAUCCUUAAAGAUUUGGGGCAUUCCAUUGAAUUUAUCGUAGCCGAAACAUACGGGGAGGAGGUGUCAAGUAUUCGACAAACAGCCGCACUUUGGACAAAGCAAGUUGCUGGGUACAUUGGGCCACAGGAGACAUGUGUUCAUGAAGGAAGAAUGGCAGCAGCUUUCAAUUUGCCCAUGAUUUCUUAUUUUUGCACACAUCGAGAUACAUCAAAUAAAAAGGACUUCCCAACAUUUGCUCGUACUCGCCCACCCGAUACGCAAAUCUCCAAGUCGGUGCUAUCCCUUCUGAUGGCCUACAAUUGGACACGUGUCACCUUCCUCUACUUGGAUUCGGAGGACAAUGAAUUUGGGGCUGUGGCCGAGACAAUUGUGUCAACGCUUGAGGCUGCUGGGGUGAGGGUACACAUGAUACUUACGUGGAAUACGAUCUACCACCAUGGAUACUCAAAAUCCCCCUUUGAUGACUUGGUGGAGCUUUCAUUUACCGACACAAGAAUCUACCUAAUUUUGGGUCACUACUAUGAGCAUUUAGGUUUGUUGCUGAGUCUCGAAAAGCGAGGAUUAUUGGAGCAGGGUGAAUACUUUGUCGUGGGCAUUGAUAUUGAGCAGUAUGACACAUCGGAUCCGGGGAAAUACCUCAAGGGGUUGCUGCAGGAUGAAAAGGAUCAGAGAGCUGAGAAAGCUUUUAGGUCCUACAUGGCGAUUGUGCCAUCAGCACCAGUUGCAUUUAAUGAUUUUGCCAUUAAGGUAAAUAAAUUCAUGGAGCUUCCCCCAUUCAAUUUUCCCAACCCCCUGAACCAUAUUGGUGGUGUAAAGCAGAUCCGAGCCGAAGCGGCAUACUUGUACGAUGCCGUCCAUUUGUACACGAAAGCCCUAAUCCGGGUGAUGCGGAAUGGGGCGAACCCACGCAAUGGCAGCCACAUUAUCGAUGCCAUCAAGGGGAGCAACUACUUAAGUGCGAUGGGGUAUUUGGUGCACAUGGAUGAAAAUGGGGAUGCAGCAGGGAACUACACGGUGCUAGCGCUCGGAAAGGAGAGGAGUCGCAUUCCAAAGGACUCCAAUAGGACCAUUGUGGGUCUCUAUCCGUUGGGGACUUUUAGUAAAUUGGCUGGAGAUCGUGUUCCGGAUCUUCAGCUGUCCCGCACGAUGAAUUGGUUAAGUGGAAAGCCCCCAAUUGCUGAGCCUCAGUGUGGUUUCCGGGGGGAAAAGUGCAUCAGCUAUACGGGGGAAAUUUCCGCUGGAAUAGCUGGAGUUGCCCUCUUACUCCUUGGCAUUGUUUCCCUUGUUCUCUACCGCAAUUGGAAGUACGAACAGGAACUCGAUAGUCUCCUGUGGAAGGUUGACUACAAGGAGAUUCAAAUGCACGAGAGUGACAAAGAGAAUAAUGGGCAGAAACUAACGAGGGCUACUCAUCCACUUAUAAGAACGAGUCAGGUGAGCUUGAGCUCAAAUCCUGAUGCGGAUUUUCGGUAUUCAACCAUUUUCACACCAAUUGGCCUCUACAAGGGUCAGCUGUAUGCUAUAAAGAAGGUUCAGAAGAAGUAUGUGGACAUUACGAGAGAGAUGAAGAAAGAACUGAAGCUGAUUCGCGAUCUACGUCAUGACAAUAUUUGUGCUUUUAUCGGAGCUUGCACUGAUCCACCAAAUAUCUGCAUAAUCACGGAGUACUGCAACAGAGGAAGCUUAAAGGAUGUCCUGGAGAAUGAAGAUGUAAAGUUGGAUAAUAUGUUUACAGCAUCAAUGGUUGCUGAUAUUAUUCGUGGAAUGAUUUAUCUCCAUGAGUCACCACUGAGGUUCCACGGGUCACUGUGUACGAGUAAUUGUCUCAUUGACUCGCGGUGGGUGGUUAAAAUAAGUGAUUUCGGACUACAGGGCUUCAAGCAGGGUGCUGAUGAUUUCCCAGAUUUGAAGAAUAUGUCCUCGAAGCAUGAGAAGCUCUUCUACAAAGCCCCCGAAUUGCUUCGUGCUGGUUCAACAGUCAGCAUUGCGGGCACAUGCAAAGGGGACGUGUACUCAUUUGGGAUUGUUCUCUACGAGAUCCACACGCGGCAGGGUCCGUAUGGGGAGGAAGGGAAGCAAGUUCUCGAUUGCUUGAGGAAGAUCCUCAAUCCAAUUGACCCUUCGCGACCUUUUCGCCCUUCGCUGCAACCUCUUGAAUCAUCCUUUGACUGCGUCCGGGAGUGCUUAGUUGAAUGCUGGGCUGAACGUCCUGAGGAUCGUCCGGAUUUCAAGAUGAUCCGCGCAAAGUUGCGUCCUCUGCGCAAAGGUAUGCGCCCCAAUAUCUUUGACAACAUGAUGGCCAUGAUGGAGAAGUAUGCAAACAAUCUCGAGGCUCUUGUUGAUGAAAGAACUGAUCAGCUGCAGGAAGAGAAGAAAAAGACUGAAGCACUUCUUCUGGAAAUGCUUCCACGUCCCGUGGCGGAGCAAUUGAAGAAAGGGCAUAAAGUUGAAGCUGAAAGUUACGAUAUGGUCACGAUUUACUUCAGUGACAUUGUUGGCUUCACCGCAAUGUCCGCUGAGAGUACCCCACUGCAAGUUGUGGACUUUCUCAAUGAUCUCUACACGUGCUUUGACUCCAUCAUUGGGCACUACGAUGUGUACAAAGUGGAAACAAUUGGGGAUGCCUAUAUGGUUGUGUCGGGCCUGCCAAUACGCAAUGGGAUCAUUCAUGCGGCUGAAAUUGCUUCAAUGUCGCUGCAUUUGCUGGAUGCUGUGUCUGAGUUUAAGAUUCGUCAUCGUCCGAAUGAAUCUCUCCUGCUACGAAUUGGAAUCCAUUCGGGUCCUGUGUGUGCUGGGGUUGUGGGGCUCAAGAUGCCGCGGUAUUGUCUCUUUGGGGACACCGUGAACACAGCCUCGCGUAUGGAGAGUACGGGAAUGCCGCUGAAGAUUCACAUUUCGGGUCAGUGCAAGCAGCUCUUGGAUCGGCAUGGUGGGUACAAUUUUCAAGAGCGCGGAGUGAUUAAUAUCAAGGGGAAGGGUGAACAGAGGACUUACUGGCUCACUGGGGAGAAUCCCGAAGCUAGGCUGAAGCGAAAUAAAGAGCGCACAGAGCGACGAGGGUCGAAAGGGCAGAAUAAGCUGAAGCAGCAGUCUUCCUUCAAGCUCUUUGAUUCAAUUGUAACAACCGCUGGCUUGCCAAGGAGUAGCCUGAAGAAUCGUGGGAUGCAACAGAGGCCAUCACUGCCGAGAUCUUCGAGUCUUGAAUCACCAAAAAAGCUCAGAUUUGCCAGCAACAAUCUCCUUGAGCACUACAGUUACCAAAGAUACAGCGAUGAUGCUCUAUUGGAAGUUACAAUUUCCGACACAAGUCCCCGGAAGUCAACAAAUGGGUCAAGUGAUGACUUUGCCUCAUCUUGCCCGUGCAUUGAGAACCUCUGUUCCCUGGACGAAAGGCCUGAUGGCAAGGAUCUCGCAACACCACCAUGUUUCAGCCCAACUGCCAUAACUCCCCUACUUUCCAACAAUAUCCACAAUAUGGCAAAUUGAAUUCCCCGGCAGGAAGCUCCUCUCUCCCACGAAAGGUACUUAAAACAAAAUCAUCCCGAAGAGAGAGAGAGAGACAACUCCUGCCCAUCCCACCUUUCUCCCGGAACUACAACAUAAUCGGAUUUACUAUCUCUAGUCGUGAAUAGAUAGAAAAAAAAACAAAACUAAUCUCAGUGCAACCAUCUUCAUUUCCACCCGCAAACACGCCAAAUGGGGAUUGUUUAAUUGAGAUUGAAGGCUCGUGUAUUUUUUGUCAUUCGUAUUAUUUACACAAACACACCUUUUAAUGGGGAGAUGACUACAUAUUAAUGAUGGAGGAAAAGCAUAUAGCUACAAUUUAAGAAAAAUCUACAUAUUAAAUGUUGUAGGAAAAGCAAAA